AUGACAUCUACAACAAUUUGCCUAUUCGUUCUUUUGCUCGUUAUUGUGUGUUGUAUGGCCAACGAAGGUUAGUUUACUUAACAAAAACAAAAUGUUCUGCGGGCAUCCGGUUUCGAACUCGAAACAUUUUUAUCAAAACUAUAACCCGCUAACCACAAGCUGUUUUUUAACUUACAGGAAUUUUCGUAGCAAAGAAAAUAAUUUCAGAUGAAUUCUUCUUGCGCAGCGCCAAAUGGGCCAACAAAAACCUGAACCCAGUUGGUGGAAGUCUGAUAUCUGGCCGCGGACGUUUUCGACCCGGUUUCUACUCGAAUGAUUGGCGAGCUGCCAUGGCCGAACCGAGUUUUGUGAAGAGAAGUUCGCCAUCGAAUUUUGAUUAUUGA